UUUUAACCCCGCCCUCGCCGAGCUCUCUCCGGUGCUUCUUCCUUCCUCCCUGGUUUCAUGGCAGGAAAGGGUGAGGUGACGAUGCCCAUGGCCCGUCCAAUUUGACCCAUGCCAUCCUGGACCUAUAUCAUACACGCACACAUACUCUACUAGUAGUACUCGUCUCCCACCACCACUCUCCGUCCCACAACCUCAACCUCGUCCCGUCUUCUGCUUUUAGCUCGCCUGCGGCUGCGGUGGGAGCUUUUCGCUUUGGUUUAGGUGCUUCUUUCUUUCCCACUCCCCACUUUCUCCCCCCUCCCCCUCUCCCUCCUUCAUUCGUGCGUUGUCACGCACACCAAAAGCUCCUGCCUUUGCCUUAUCUCAGCACCACCCUGCUCGUAGUGGGAUUUGGUGGGAGCUGCUCUGCGCUGCUCCGCUCAACCUACUUGCCUGCCUCCCUCGCCUCGCGCGCUUCUCUGCUCCCUCUCUUCGGGCCCUGCGUCACUCUCAUCCCGUCACCGCACCGCACGAACGCACGCACGCGCGCGCGGCGCUCUUCUCUCCUCCUCCCGGCGGGCUCGGUAUUCGGACGGUUUCUUGGUCUGCGGUUGGAUUGGCUGGGCGCAGUUGCUUGGGCGCGGCGAGCGGCGACGGAUCUUUGCGGAAUUCCGGCGAGGGAGGACGGGAGAUGAACUGCGGCCCGCCGGACCAGCUGCCGCCGGCCACGGCGGGCUUCCUCAACCUUAACUGGGACAGCUCCAUGGACGCGGGGGGCCACCCCUCGCCGGCCUCCGGCUCCGCGGCGGCCACCGAGGGGCUGGCGCUCCACGGGAUCUCGCCCCGGCCGCAGCACUACGGCGCCGGCACGCCGCUCGGCUCGCCCACCAAGCUCAACCUCUCCAUGAUGGGCCAGUACCGCCACCACAACCACCACUACCCGCCGCCGCAGGUGGGGGGCGCCGGCCUGCCCACCCUGGAGAACCUGAUGCCCAUGGGAUCCCUGGACCAGUUCCUCGCCGACCCGGGCUUCGCCGAGCGCGCCGCCAGGCUCUCCGGCUUCGACGCCCGCGGCGGCUACGGCGGCGGCCCGGCGCAAUUCGGCCUCCCGGACGACGGCCCCGUCGGCGCGCUCAAGGAGCUGGAACUCGGGAGUGCCCGGGACGACUCGUCGGUGUCCGAUCCGGCGUCGGCCGGCGCGGGGAUGGCGCUCAAGGGGGGCUCCGACGGCAAUGCGAGGAAGCGGAAGGCCGCCGGCGGCAGCAAGGGGAAGGGCAAGGACGCCUCCAUGUCCACCACCUCCGCCAAGGAUCUCCUCGCCAAGGAGGACUCGGCGUCGAAGCGCUGCAAGUCCACGUCCAUGGAGGACGCCGAGGAGAAUUCCGGCAAGGGGAACGCCGCGCAGAGCAGCAGCGAGAACGGCGGCAAGAAGCAGGGCAAGGACGGCGCCUCCAAGCUCCCCGAGCCGCCCAAGGACUUCAUCCACGUCCGGGCUCGGCGCGGCGAGGCCACAGACAGCCAUAGCCUGGCCGAGAGGGUGAGAAGGGAGAAGAUCAGCCAGCGGAUGAAGCUGCUGCAGGACCUCGUGCCCGGCUGCAACAAGGUGGUGGGCAAGGCCGUCAUGCUGGACGAGAUCAUAAACUACGUGCAGUCGCUGCAGCGGCAAGUCGAGUUUCUGUCCAUGAAGCUGGCCACGGUGAACCCGCAGCUGGACUUCAACAACCUGCCCAGCCUCCUCGCCAAAGAUAUGCAGCAGCAGUCAUGUGGGCAGCUGCAGCAGGGCUCGUCGCAUUUCCCGCUGGAGGCGUCGGGCGCGCCGCUCCCCUACAUGGGCCAGGGGAACGGCGACCCUCUCGGCUGCGGCAUGUCCGACGGCGGCAUGGGCGACGAUCAGGGCGCCAUGCACCCGCUGGACCAGGCCUUCUGCCGGCCCAUGGGUUCCUCACAGCAGCAGCAGCAGCACUUCCUCAGCGACGCCGCCUCUCAGGUUGGGGCUUUCUGGCAAGAUCUGCAGAGCGUGGUUCAGAUGGACAUGGGGCAGAGCCAGGAGCUCGCCACCUCCUCCAACAGCUACGACGGUUCGUUGCAGACGGUCCACAUGAAAAUGGAGCUUUGACAUCGUCACCGGGGAAGAAGCUCGAUCCGACGGGAAGCCUCGACGCCACCGCUGUACAUAGAGAGGAGAAGCAGAGCCUGAGAGUCAGUCAGCGAAGCUUGCCAUUCGACCAUCCAUGGAAGCACUCUGAGAUUCAACCUAACAGUGUUGGGCCCUUAGCAGUGUCUUAGCUUUCUAAUUUCCACCAAUCCAUCCGUCAGUCCCUUCCGGUGUAAUGAUUCUUUUGAACAAGAAAGGGAACCCGGCCGUGCAACAGUAGUAGCUUAGGCUAGCUCUGCGUAUCAUCAUCAUCAUCUCCUUUCUUCUUGUGCUAAGCUUCCAAGAUCGAUCGGUACAUAGCGCGGCACCCUUCCUAUCCAUUCUCCCUCAAAUGAGAGGGGAUUGCAUUGAAGAUGUGUAAUAGUAUCAUUUGUAUUGCCAUUAUAUAUAUAUAAUACGUACUCCCUCCUUCCAUCUA